CCGAGUUCCAUAAAAAUGGUAACAAGAACUCUUCUUCGCACCAGAAAUGCCUAUUUCUCCAAAACAAUAGCCUCCCUUCACAAUCCCACCAAACCCAAAAUCUUCCAAUAUCAUCAUUAUCAAUCACAGCCUUUCAUAGAAACGCAGGGUAAGACUGCAUAUAAUAGACUCUUCUGGUAUGCUACUUCUCUAAACCCCACGCAUAGCGUGAGCUUACUGAACCACACUGCCCUUUAUCAUCAAUUCCACAAAACUUUCACUUCCACUCCAUCCCCACCACAUUCAUCACACCCCAUAAACGAGCUCUCUCGCAUAUUAAGCGAUUACAGAAACCCCCACAACGAUAUGGAAUCAGCUCUCAAUCCAUUAUCCCACAACAUAUCUACUGACAUAGUUGAACAAGUCCUUAAACGUUGCAAAAAUCUUGGAUUUUCUUCUCAUAGAUUCUUCAUAUGGGCACAGAAAUUACCCGGUUUUAAUCAUAGUAAAGAAAGCUAUCACAUUCUUGUUGAUAUAUUAGGAAGUAGCAAACAGUUUCCCUUGUUAUGGGAUUUUCUUGUUGAGAUAAAAAGGAACAAAUCUUGCAAAUUUAGUCGAGAUAUUUUUUGGGUUGUUUUUAGAUGUUAUAGUAGAGCUAAUUUGCCUGUUGAUGCAAUUAGGAGUUUUGAUAAAAUGGUUGAUUUUGGAAUUACAUCUAGUGUAGUUGAUGUUGAUCAGCUUUUGCUUGCAUUGUGUAAAAGAAAACAUAUGAAAGAAGCGAAACAGUUUUUCGAUAGAGUUAAGGAUGAAUGCGCGUUGAGUGUGAAAUCGUAUAGCAUUAUGGUUAGGGGAUGGGGAGAUUUAGGGGAAGUAGUUGAGGCGCGUAAACUGUUCGAUGAAAUGCUUGAGAGAGGUUUUUCGGUCGAUGUGUUAGCUUGUAACAGCAUUUUGGAGUCAUUUUGCAAGGCAGGAAAAAUGGAUGAGGCCUAUGAGUUGUUCGUAAAAAUGAGGUCUAUGGGGCCUAAACCAGAUGCUUUUACCUAUUCGAUAUUUAUUCAUGCUUAUUGUGUGAAGGAUGAUAUUCAUUCGGCUUUCAGGGUCCUUGAUCGGAUGAAAAGGUACAAACUUGUGCCUAAUGUUUUUACGUACAACUGUAUUAUUAAGAAGCUUUGUAAGAGUGAUAAGGUUGACGAGGCUUACCAAUUGAUAGAUGAGAUGAUUGACAUAGCGGUAACGCCUGAUUGUUGGAGUUAUAAUACGAUUCUAGCUUUUCAUUGUGAUCAUAACGAAGUCAAUUUGGCACUAAGGCUGAUCUCAAAAAUGGAGAAGAAUGGUUGCUUGCCAGAUCGGCAUACAUAUAAUAUGGUGCUUAAAAUGCUCAUCAAGGUCGGAAGGUUUGAUAGAGUUGAGAAAGUGUGGGAGAGUAUGGAAGACAGAAAAUUUUAUCCUUCAGUCUCGACGUAUGCUGUCAUGAUCCAUGGUCUCUGUAAGAAGAAAGGCAAACUUGAGGAAGCAUGUAAAUAUUUUGAAAUGAUGAUAGAUGGAGGGAUCCCGCCAUAUGGGGAAACCUGUGAAUUAUUGAGGAAUAAACUGAUAGGUUUAGGAUUUGCAGAGCAAACAGAGAUUCUUGCAGAUAAGAUGGAAAGAAGUACCUCUUGUUUAAUUCAAGAGCUGACAAACAUUAUGAGAGGUAACAAGGCCCGUGUCAAAUUGAGAUGUGAAGAAGAAUACUCCGAUAGUGAUGUGUAAAGGAGUUUAAUGUGCAGGAAUGCGAGAAUAGCCUCAAUCCCUUUGGUCAAGGUGAUACAUGUUCUAAGUGCCUGUUGUUUGUUUGUCACCACAUGCUUUACAUUUCUCUGUUUACUGUUAUAUUGCCAGCAGUUGGUGAUGCUGACAUGGUUGCCUUUGGAAGGAUCUUCUCAUUGAGAUAGGAAACCAUAGCCAGAGAGGCGAAACCUUGGCCUUACUAAUUUUCUUGUUACAGCAAGGUGUAGCCAAAAAGGUGCAGCCUUAGCCUAAACGAGUUUCUUGAUCCGUAGCCAAAGAAGUAAAUAUGCUUGCUUUCUAUGUUGCUCGGACACUUCAAAAAUGUCAACGGGUGCGUGCGGAUUCUCAAAAAGUAGUGUAUUUUUGGAGAAUCCGACACAGGUGCGCCAUCGAAAAUGAAAAGUCCACGCAACUUAGCUUGCUUGAAAAGGGUCUAUGUGGUGCAACAGAAAAGCACU